GGCCUUUCCAUUGGCUCUGAUGACCUGGCUCUUGGCCUCCUACCCCCAGACCACAGUUACCAUGGUGACCUAAGCACUGUCCACGUCAUACUGGGCUCUGGGGGCAACAGGACUCUGCCUGACUUAGGCGAGCCAAUUUACAAUGGGCUGACAAUUUUUCGAUGUUUCUACAUCAGCCACACGGAUACCCGCCAGUUUCUCCUUCUCACUGCCCUCUAUUUUCAAGGCCUCCGCCAGCAUUUUCCACCUCGUUUAGCCUUAACUUUUGUCUUAAUCAUUGUGCUCCGACUCGGUGCCCAUCACAUUCGACGGUGGCCUUCACCUUUUCAGCCCCCUUCACAGUUCUUCUCUUCUCGCUGUCCGACUCACUUCUUUCUGCCCUCUCCUUCUUCCCUUUUUGCGGACACAGAUGAGGGUUUUUUACCGGCGCAAGGCAGCAAAAGCAGAGCCGAAUGA